AGUUACUUGUGUUUUCCUGUUAUAAAUACAGAGAAAACAGGCUAUUAUGAAUUACUCAUGGGGGAAACAGUAUUUGAGAAUCCAUGUUCUUACGACGCCGUAGAAAAAGUUUUGGACCAUUUUCUAGAGGAAGUGGGUGUGGGGACAACACGACAUUGGGCAGCUGUCGGCUGUGACGGUUUGCCAUACGUAUUGGUAUCCAGAAUCAUUGAGGAUGUAUUUGUAUGCCCCGUUUGUCAUAGGCAGUAUGACGGCUGUGCGGAAUUCAAUUCCCAUAUAUCCCACACUGGGCAUGUAGAUGACGCCGAGGAUGGAAGAAAAUACAAAAACAUCCUCAUGCUUACAGUUAGAUAGCAAAUAAAAUAUACUAAUACAUGAAAUAUUGAUUUAGUUUAUAUUUUGAUUAAAAUAUUGAGAAAAUUAUUGCAGGUCAUAGACAUUUUGAGAUAAACAUGACUAAAGCCAUGUUUAAACUCCUGUGGGAGUUAGCCCUAGUUGACCUCGACAAAAUGCUUGGUUUUAGAAGCUUAAAAGCGCUUGCUGCAUCCCAGAGUGCAAGUGAUCAUCAUAAAAGUUGGCAGAUCUUGGAAAUAUUUUUUUAUGCCAUGUCUGCAGAACUAAUAUUGCCUUAUGCCAGACGCGUCCUCGCAGAUAACCUGGAGCCUUCUGUCCGAGGUUUUCUGGAACAUCUUCGAACCCCAAACCAGAAAUUAAUGUACUACAUUCUUUUCAAUUUCAGCUUAGCUCUCCAUAUUUUCAGAGCAGGCGUAAGAUGGAACAACAGUGAGGUAAUUCUUGCCAGAAGGUCUAAAUCUUCACCGUUGUUCUUUGGUCUUAAUAUGCCAUUUUACAUGGAGGCAUAUUCAAGGGAUUUAAUGAUUCGUAUGCAGUGUCCCUCUGUGGUUAACGAGUUCAUUGCAAAUCAUGAGUCCUACAGUGUCAGUGGCAACGAAAGUAAGGGUGGAGGGGGAGAUUUUGUACUAGAGAAUCUUAACAGAAAGAGCAAAAGCUUUAUGUCCCCAGGACUGCAAUCGGAAGAAAGAUGGAAAAUCAUGUACAGAAAUAAGGAUAGAUUGGACAAGAUUAAAGCAAACUUGCAGAUGCAGUUGUCAAUAGCAGAAAAAGACACAGAUUACAUGUACACAUCAGACAUCACAGACGAAAUAACAUCAUUUAGAACAUUAAUACGACAAAAGCAAUAUCUACAACAGAACACUCUUACAACUCUCUCAAACAAGCCUACAGACAGCAAAUUACUUCAGUUUUCAGAACACGCACAACAAAACAAAGAUUUACAUUACUCACAUAUUACAACCCACAAACUUUCAUUAAGGAAACUUACACCCAUUUUUAUUCUACAGGAGCACAGACAAAAACAUUUUGACAUAGCAAACAAAACAAAAACAGACAUAAUUUCACAACACAGUUUCAUAAUUUUAAAUACAGUUAAAUGUAAUGAACUCUAA